AUGGUUAAGAGGAAGUCUGAUUUCACUGAAGGGGCCAAAAACAAGGUUGCGAAGGUAGUGGAUUCAUCUGAAGAAGCUGCAAAUGGCAUAGUGGCUACCGAUAGUAACCACAACGGACAUGUUAUUGAGGACGAAACUCACUUUGAUGGCAACGAAAUCAAAGAUGACCUCCAUGAGGACGAAUCCAGUGGCGAUGAAGAUGGUGGCGAUGAAGAUGGUGGCGAUGAAGAUGACGUCGAUGACAAAGCCCUCCAAGCAAGACCAUCAAAGAAAGGUAAAACUCAACUCACUGCACAAGACAUACAAGUAGCACGAGAGACGGCAGAACUUUUCAAGUCGAACAUUUUCAAACUACAGAUCGAUGAAUUAAUGAAGGAGGUAAAAGUUAAGAAAUCACACGAGGAAGUUAUGGAGAAGGUGUUGCAUAGAUUACACGACUUGAUCAAGGAGAUUCCGGCAGUUGAGAAUUUAUCCUUGCAUGAAGCAGAAGGACUAUUCAAUCACAAAAAGGUGGCUAUACCAUUCCCUGAUCCAAAGCCUACAAAUGUUAAGUACUCAUUUUCAUAUGGACCUCCAGAGGAUUUAUCUUUGGUUGGUUCGUAUGGGUUGAAGACUGGAAUUAGCCAAGGUCUGUCAAUUGAUGUCGCACUAACAAUGCCAAGGUCUAUUUUUCAACCAAAGGAUUAUCUCAAUUUCAGGGCUUUGCACAAGAGGGCGUUUUACCUUGCUUAUUUAGCAGACCAUCUAAUUCCCUUGACGAAAAAGAACAACCUUCCCGUCAAAAUCACGUACUCAUUCUUCAACGAUGACGUCUUGUGUCCUAUUUUACAUAUUGAGAGUAUCCAAACCGAAAACCCCGACGAUCUUAUCUUCUUCAAAACAAAGUACAAAAUCAAUUUAAUCCCGGCUCUUCCAUUCAAUGUUUUUGAGUCGAAGAAGCUACUUCCAGAUAAAAAUUGCAUUCGAAUUCAAUCAGAGAGCAAAGAAUUGCCGCCCACUCCGUUGUACAACUCGAGUAUAUUGAUGCAAUCUAGUUAUGAUUAUUAUCUCAAAUUUUUGUAUUCCAUGAAGAAAUCUACAGACUCGUUCAGGGAUGCAUGUGUCUUAGGACGGUUGUGGUUGCACCAACGUGGCUUCAACUCAACUUUUAGUGGGGGCGGAUUUGGACAUUUUGAAUUUGCAAUUUUAAUGAGCGCAUUGCUUCAUGGCGGGGGAGUGAAUGGAAAUAGGAUCUUGUUGUCUGGUUAUUCUUCUUAUCAGUUGUUUAAAGGUGCAGUCAAGUACUUGGCAACAAUGAACCUUAUUUCGGGGUACUUGUCAUUUUCAUCUGAGAUAGGCGAAGCAGUCCCAGCAAAAUUCAAAGCAGACGGAUUCAGCGUUCCUACAAUUUUUGACAAGAAUACCAAGAUCAAUAUAUUGUGGAAAAUGACGCCGGCUUCGUAUGAAAAUCUCAAAAUGAAGGCAGUUCAAACGCUUGAAUUGCUCAACGAUGUGGUUAAAGACAGAUUUGACCCAAUAUUACUUCAGAAAUCAAAUUAUGAUUUCCUCAAGUUUGACAUACUUUUGUCAUUUACCAUAGAAGAAAACGCGAUUGAAACUUUUGGACCACUAGAGAAGAUCAGAUAUAUAACCUUUGACAACUACAUGAAGAGCCGGAUCUACACUCUUCUAAAGAGAGCUUUGGGCGAGAGAGUGAAUGUUGUGAGUGUUUGGAAGGAUAAAGUCAAAAGCUUUUUUUCUGUGCAUAAACGAAAACCCACAGACCUUUCCAAUAAUUGGGUUAUUGGGUUACAGCUAAACCCGGAAGAGUGUGACAAAGUCGUAACCAAGGGUCCCGACAAUAACGAAAAAGAAAAGGGAGCUUUGUUUAGAUCCUUUUGGGGGACAAGGGCCUCUUUAAGGCGAUUCAAAGAUGGUUCCGUUCAGCACUGUGUGGUCUGGACUUUGGGAGAUAGGGAACCCUUGGUAGUUUCAAUCAUUAAAUACGCCUUGGAGAUGCAUAUACUGGCUGAACUUGCGCAGUCGAUAUACACGAGCAGUGGAUUGUACGAGAAGAAACUCCCACUCUCAUUGUUAUCCACCACUUCGAAUCAAAUUUCACAUUCGUUGUCAAGCUACACAAUUUUACGAAACUCGUUCGACAAUAUGACGAAAACUUUGACCAGUUUGGAGUUGCCGUUAAGUAUCAAAUCGGUGUUGCCAGCCUCGUCUUCUAUGCGGUAUACGUCAUUGCUACAGCCCGUCCCCUUUGCAGUUUCCAAUCCAGACUACUGGAACGACUGUGUGGUCCAGUUUGAAAUUUCAUCAAAGUGGCCGGAUGAAUUGAAGGCUUUAGAAAAAACAAAAACCGCACUUUUGCUUAAAGUGUCUGAGAUGUUGAGGGGAACCGAGUAUAGUACUUUUGUUACGCUGGAUGAUUCAAUUCCUUUUAAUCAGGAGGUUUGCUUGCUAAACAUUUUGACCCCAGAAGGUUUUGGCUUCAGACUUCGGGUUCUUACUGAGCGAGAUGAGGUUUUGUACCUCAGAGCGGUGAGCAACGCCGAUAAGCAAAAGUCAAUUGCACAAGACGUUUACUUAAAGUUUAUUCAAAAAUAUCAAGCGUCGGUGAAGCACACACGAACCAUUUCUCAGUUAGCCCAACAUUUCCCCUACUACUCCCCCACCGUUAGAUUAGUUAAGCAAUGGCUCGAUUCGCAGUUACUUCUCAAUCAUUUUAGCGAUGAGUUGGUGGAAUUGGUUGCAUUGAAGCCAUUUGUGGAUCCUGCUCCCUAUUCAGUCCCUCAUUCGGUCGAGAAUGGAUUUUUGCAGGUACUUUUCUUUUUGGCAAAUUGGAACUGGCGUGAUACACCUCUCAUAUUGGAUGCUGUUAAAAGCACUGCAGAAGAUGACGCUACGCUAAGUGACAAGCUAACCAUCCAGGCUUAUAGAGUCAUUGAGCAAAACUUCAACAAAAUCAGAGAAGCAGAUCCAGCUGGUAUAAAAACGCAAUUGUUUAUUGGUUCCAAAGAUGAUCCGUCUGGAAUUUUAUGGUCGAACAAUCUCACUUUACCUAUUGCUGCCAGAUUGACUGCACUUGCGAGAGCGGCAACCACGUUAUUGUCAUCUCAGGGUAACAAUGAAGCCUUUUUGGAUUCUAUUUUCACUCCAGCAUUGAAGGAUUAUGAUUUCGUCAUGGACGUGAAGUUCCAAAAUCUAACCAGCUCGUCUGGUAUUCUUCCCACCGACGCGUUCAAGAACUUAGUCCAGCCGUUAACUUCGUAUCCCGAUGACAUUUCAUCCAAAUGCGACUUUGUACAAGCUUUUUAUCGCGAUUUGGAAGCCAAGUUUGGAAAUGCCAUCAUUUUCUCAACGCAAAAGUUUACCGGUUUGCGUAAGGACGGCAAGAAUGUAAUUGGGGGGUUGUUUAUUCCGUCAAGUUUGUCAAGAAAGAAAUUCAGGACUAAUUUAGGACUCAAUGUCAAACCUGAAGAAGAUAAAGAGGAAGUGAUUUUGAACAAAGAGGCGGUCUUUGAUCAAAUCAAAUUGCUCGGACAUAGCUUGAAUUUGAAUUUCACUAUGCAAAAGUAG